CUCCUCCGGCUCCGGGCUGGGCUGUUGCUCUGGCCGCACAAGGCGAUCGAUCCCAUUCCAGAUUCCGGAGGUGACGUCGCGACAGCGGUUACCAGGGUGACGCUGGUCGGGGUGCCGAUCGGAGUGGCGACCUGGGUCCCGGAGCCAUGGUUCCCGUGCUAGACGCGCUGUGGGAGGACAGAGAUGUUCGCUUUGACAUUUCGCUUCAGCAAAUGAAGAUGAGAUCUGGAGAGGUGCUAAUUGACUGUUUGGACGCCAUUGAAGAUACCAAAGGAAAUAAUGGAGAAAAAGGUAGACUGCUUGUGUCUAAUCUGCGAAUUAUCUGGCAUUCACUGGCUAUUCCACGAGUAAAUUUAUCUGUUGGCUACAACUGUAUUAUAAACAUCACGACCAGAACUGCUAAUUCAAAACUCCGUGGUCAAACUGAAGCACUUUACAUCCUGACUAAAAGCAACAACACACGAUUUGAGUUCAUUUUUACCAGUGUUGUUCCAGGAAGUCCUCGGCUAUUCACCACUGUUAUUGCUGUACACAGAGCAUAUGAGACAUCAAAAAUUUAUAGAGAUCUUAAGUUAAGAGGCGCUCUCAUCCAAAAUAAGCAGUUAAGACUUCUACCACAGGAACAAGUUUAUGAUAAAGUUAACGGUGUUUGGAAUCUAUCAAGUGAUCAGGGCAAUCUGGGAACGUUUUUUAUUACAAAUGUUCGGAUUGUAUGGCACGCAAAUAUGAAUGAUAGUUUCAACGUUAGCAUUCCCUAUCUUCAAAUUCGAUCUAUAAAGAUCAGGGACUCAAAAUUUGGGCUGGCACUUGUUAUAGAAAGUUCACAACAGAGUGGAGGAUAUGUGCUUGGCUUUAAAAUUGAUCCUGUGGAGAAACUUCAAGAGGCAGUUAAAGAGAUAAACUCUUUGCAUAAAGUCUACUCUGCCUGUCCGAUCUUUGGGGUCCAAUAUGAAAUGGAGGAAAAGCCUCAGCCACUUGAAGACCUGACGGUUGAGCAAGUUCAGGAUGAUGUCGAAAUUGAACCAGAGGAACCAACUGAUGCGUUUGUGGCAUAUUUUGCAGAUACCAAUAAGCAAGAAGAUCGUGAACCAGUUUAUUCUGAGGAACUAGGGCUGGCAAUCGAGAAAUUGAAAGAUGGCUUCACUCUGCAAGGUCUUUGGGAAGUAAUGGGUUGAACUUCAGGUUCACUUUUGUAUUAAUUUGUUUUAAGAACACUGUAUUGAGACCUUAUGAUGUUAAUUCAAAUAAUAACGUAAUUGGGAGUAAUGUACAUAAUUCACAACCAUCGACAUUAAGUUGAGAUUUCACUAGAAGAGGCAAGUCUGACAUAAUGACGUUAUUACGUAAAGAUUUUAGGCACGUUUGUGUUUAGGUUUUGGUGUUCAAUAAAAUGUGUUCCGGGUUUCAUUAAACAUAAAAUG